GACACUAGCUAGCUUACACACAAAGUACACGUCCUCAACUCUACUCUAGCUCAUGAGCUUAGCUAGCAAGGUCAACAAAACUGUGUAAGCUCCAUCAGUGACAGAACUUCAGAAGCUCUGCUGUUUAUACUCUUGAAGCAAGUGAAGUUGAGUAUCAGCACAGGACCCAGUGAUAUCAGUGUACAUGUCGAUGAAUAUGAUGAAAAAGCAGUGUAUGUGAGAUUCAGCAGUAAUACACUGAUUAAGCAGACAGUCAAUGCUCUAGAGAUGCAUCCUGCUUGUUCAAAGAGAACCACCAACGUAUGUGUAAUUGCAGUUUUUAUGCAUUUAUCCACCAUGUGUACAUGUGGGCUUUGAUUUGCUUCAAACUGUCAGAGAGGUACAUGUAUGUAGAUCCUGCUACAUGCAUUAACUGUUGUACAUGUACAUGCAUGUAAGUGAAAAUUCAAGAUGACAUCCAACUCAACAAGAUAUGACUGCUUAACUGCCCCAACGAUAGCAGCCAGUGACAAUGAACAUGACGCUGUUGGGCUUAAUAUUGGCAAAACACAACAAGAGACUUCUAGUACGGUUCAACUGGCAAAUCCACUUUCUAGAAAGUUGAACAAGAUACUUGAAAUAAGACUUGAUAAUGACAAGGAUAUUUUGGAAGCAUUGAAAGCUUUGUCAGAGUUUUUUGGUGAAAACACCCUCAGGAGUCGAAGAAAUCUGCGAGGUGAGAUUGAACGAAGAAGCCUUGGAAUAAGUGAAGAAUUUGCACAAGCAUUUGAGAUAGUAAAAGAGGGUUUAGAUAGUAUUCAUGAUGAUGUCGAAUCAAUGAGAUCAAGUUGCCAUGAUAUGACCAAGCGAUUAAAGGCAGCCAGGGAGCAGACAUCUGACUUGAUUAGUAAGACAACAGACCUUCAUAAGGAAAGUCACCAACUUGACAUAAGAGCAAAUGUUACUGAUGCAUUUCUAGCCAAAUUCCAGCUAACAUCUGAGGAGAUCAAGGCAUUGAGGGGACCUAGAAAUGGUCAGCUCUUACAGGAAUUCUUUUCUACCCUUGAACGAGCCAAGCAAAUACACAAUGACUGCAAGAUUCUGUUGCGAACCAAUCACCAAACUGCUGGGUUAGAGAUUAUGGAGUGCAUGGCUCUUCAUGAGGAGACUGCAUAUGAACGAUUGUACAGAUGGAUUCAGGGAGAAUGCAGAGGAUUAACUGGAGAUUCAGUGGAGGUGACUGCUCUACAUUGUAAAGCAAUGGUAGCUCUACAAGACAGAGGUGUACUGUUCAGAUAUGGUCUAGAUGAGUAUGGAACUGCAAGAAGAACUGCUGUUGUAAGGGGUUUCAUUGAUGCCUUAACAAGAGGAGGACCAGGUGGAACACCACGGCCUAUAGAGCUUCAUUGUCAUGAUCCUUUGCGCUAUGUAGGUGACAUGUUUGCCUGGUUACAUCAAACAACUGCAUCAGAGAAAGAGAAUAUUCAGGCAUUUCUCAAACUUGUAACCAUGCAAUCAAAGAUCUCUGACAUUGAGGAUGUUCUGGCACAUAUCACUGAAGGUAUUUGCAGACCCUUGAAGGUGAGAGUGGAACAAGUAAUAGUUGCAGAACCUGCAAUAGUGCUUCUCUACAAACUCACCAAUCUUCUUAAGUUCUACUCAUACACAAUAGGGCAGUUACUUGGGAAGGAAGCUUCUUUACUUGCAUGUCUUGAAGAACUGGAAGAGCUUUGCCAGAAAGUAUUUUUGAAUGCACUGAAUGUUCUUUCUUCCAAACUUAUGGAAAAGGUUGAAUUACCACCUGCUGACCUAGGACCUACUCCAACCCUGGUCCAAAAUUUGAAUCUUUUGAGGGAAAUUCUGAUGUCCCAUGAUUCAUCUGUGGUUCCAUUAGAUGCUAGACAUAAUGAAUUUGCCAAGAUUCUUAAUUGCAUGCUGGAACCUUUGCUUCAGAUGUGUUCUUUGUCAGCUAGUCGACUCAAUCCAUGUGACAUGGCUACAUAUUUGAUCAAUUGUCUCUAUGCUAUGCACUCAACCUUAGCUCUGUAUGAAUUCACUGACCAACGUCUGGAAAUGUUAGAUGCACAGAUUGCUGCCCAUCAGGACACACUAGUCAAUGAGCAAGCAUCGUAUGUCCUUUCAAUGGUGUCUCUCAUUCAAGUAUACAGUAUCACACAGCAGCAUAAGCCACAAGAGGGUCCUCUGUCUUUAGUUCAUGGGAUGGAUACAAUGGCCAUCAAGUCUGCAAUGAUGCGUUUUGAUUCAUAUUUGUCAUCACCAGACUCUUUGGUUUUACCACAGUGCAACUUACUCAACAGUUCUCAUGUCAGGGAGGAAAUAAUAUGUCGAGGUACUGACCUUGUUUGUGGUGCAUAUCAACUUCUAUAUGAAGCUAUUUUGAAUCCAGAUAAUUGCUUCAGCGACCCAAAAGGUGUCUUAACCAGAACACCAGAACAGGUAAAAGCAUUAUUGCUUUGAACUUGAUUUAUUGUUUUAUUCACAUGAUUUGGUUUUGACUGAAGUAUUUGGCAAUAUCAGGCUUAGUUCCACAAAAAGUAAGAUUGACUUAUGAUUGUUGAGAUAUGAUUAGGAAGAGCAGACUACAUAUCUUGAAAACACAAGAUCUCUAGUUGAUGCUAUUAGACUAUCACAAGAUAUUAGCCUCGAAACAGAAGCUAUGAGUACACACAUAUCUCUAACUGUGUUGAAAGCUAUUUCAAUUAGCCUAGCGGUUGGAAACCAUAAUAAUUAAGAGCUCCUGAUUCAAACUCUAGUGUUUCUGAUUAGCGAAUUGUGGGUUCAAGUCCCACUCACUACACAUAUGUCCUUUUAAAGACA